AUGCUUCGCGACAGCAUUACAGCUAGGAGCUUGCUCCAGCUUUUUUUGAUUACCUCGUCACUUGCAGCUCCUAGCACGCAAUGUCCGUCUAACGAUACAUUCGACUACGUUGUUGUCGGUGGCGGGCCUGCAGGAUUAGUGCUGGCAGAGCAGCUCACGCGUCACCCUCAUGUCAAGGUGCUUCUUUUAGAAGCUGGGCCUGACUCAAGUCUCGAUCCCCACGUCACUACGCCGGCUUAUUUCUUCGAGACAUCGGCAUACUUUUGGAACUAUGCCUCCGCCCCUGACCCUGCCCUGAACGGACGCACUCCCGACCUGUGGCAGGGCCGGGCUCUGGGCGGCGGCUCCUCAGUCAAUGGUAUGGGAUACUGCCGCGGCGCAUCUUCCGUCUUCGACGAGUGGGCCGAGAUUUCAGGAAACCCAGGAUUAGCUUGGAAUUCUAUGUUCGAAGCUUUCAAGGACACCACGCAUUUCCAAAACGACGUACAUCCAAAGGACCAGGUGGCGGUCAACCACACUUCGUUUGGCAAUGGCCCUGUCGAAAUUACUACGCAGCGUUUCCAGCUCUCUCUGGACCGGCCGUUCAUUGAUUUGUUUAAGUCGACUAAGAAUGUGCCUGAGAUCGACUUCGUUUCUGGUUACGGAAUUGGCAUCACAGAACAGGUAGAUGCGAUCCGUGCCAGUAACCGGACUCGAAGUUAUGCUUGGAACACUUUUGGCUGGCUCGCUGCUAAUCGCCCCAACUUCGAAGUACGACAUGAUGCCUGGGUGUCGAAGAUUGGCUUUACCGGCAAGAAAGCUGACUCUGUCACCUAUAAUGACACCUUGACAGGCACGAUGCAUACGGUCAAAUCCAAGGAGGUUGUCGUAUCUGCGGGUGCCAUUGGUAGCCCACAAAUUCUUAUGCUCUCUGGUGUUGGUCCCGCCGCCCAUCUCGAAGCAUUAAACAUCCCCGUCGUACAUGACUCGCCGAUGGUGGGACAGAACCUAAUGGAUCACCAUUAUGCCCAACUUGUCUUCGAGGCCGCUCCAUCCAUGGGGACGGUGUGGCAGUUUACGGGCAAUACAACUGGAGAGCAGCUUGCGGAGGCCCAGUACAAGGCAAAUGGUGGUGGUCUCUUAGGACUUGCAGACGGAAAUGUAUUCGGCGCGAUACGGUUGCCGGAUUCGGUUUUUACCGGAUUGGGCAGUUACCACACGAGCCUGCCAGCCGACCGGCCACACUUCAUCUACGAGUAUUCGACGGUACCCUUCCAGACCCAGUACCAGAGUCGCAGUGUUAUCACGCCUUUUAUGGCUCUCGUCCAGCCCGAGGGUCGUGGUAAUGUGACCUUGGCUACAAGUGAUUACCGCGACUAUCCCAUCAUCAACGCAGCUUACUGGAGUACCCCGGCCGACAAGGCUGCGAUACUAUACGCAUACAAGGACUAUCGUGCACUCAUCGGAAGUCCUGAGCUGAAGCAGUAUAUCCCCUCGGAACUGUUCCCAGGUGCGAACGUCACGAGCGACGAGGAUAUCUGGUCAGCUAUUCAGCAGACCUCGGGAAGUUUCCAUCAUCCCAUGGGUACCGUUGCCAUUGGCUCUGUUCUGGAUGAAAACUGGCGUGUCCGUGGUGUGGAGGGCCUCCGUGUCAUCGGAUCGCCUGCUGCGCCGAAAAUCAUCACUUGCCAUACCAUGGCUACCUCUUACGCGAUGGGCUAUCGUGCUGCGCAAGACAUCAUUGCUGCUGAUCUCGUUAAAUGA